AUGGCAAAGCGCCCGGCCACCGCUGCGCAUGAAAGCAAACGGCAGCGGACGAGGCACAAGGAAACUUCGAAGAUUGGGCAAGACAAGCUCCUGCUCAGCUUCGACUGUCGUGGUGCUGCUGUGGACCCAUCGCUUGAGCCGGAGGAGCUCGUGGCCAGACUUCUCGCACCUUUGUCCCGGGAAGAGUUCCUGAAGCAGUGCUGGGCGGAGAAGGCCGUGGCUGUGCAUGGCCACCCGCGACGUUUGGCGCCAAUCAUUUCUCGGUUGUCAGACCUCGAUCUGGAGGCCAUGCUGCAGGAAAGCCCGAGUGACGUGGUUCAUGCCUGGCUCCGGGAUGGUCAGGAUGCAGCAGGCGGAGCGGCAAGCUCUGCGCUGAAAAGCGUGGCUGUGGACUCGGCAGCGGCAAUGGGACUCCGCGCCGCCAAGGCGGCGCUCUACUUUCGAGCCAACGAGGAACUGGAGACCUUGCUGGUCUCGCAGAUCUGCGCUGGCCUUGGCGCAGGUGCAGCCGGAAUGUACCCAGGUGAUGGCCGGCCGCGAGGGGAGAUCGAGACCUUCGUGGCCUCAGAGGGCCACGUAACUGGCUGGCAUACGGACUUUCAGCACAACUUCACCUUCCAGCUGAGGGGCGCGAAGCGAUGGCGAUUCAAAGCAGGGCCUGUCAAGAACAACGUGCGCGCACUGACGCCGCACUUCCAGACGCGGUCCAACUUUGAGCAGCAGAUGAAGCUGCAUUUGCUGAGCGACCCUACCGAACCGGAUUUCCGGCCGCCCGACGACUUCUUUGCUGACGCAGAGGAGGUAGAGCUGCACGCCGGAUCCGUGCUUUACCAUCCUGCUGGGAUUUGGCAUCAUGUGGAGUGCUUGGGCGAAGAGAGUAUCUCAAUCAACGUGUCGCUCUCCAUUGCCACCUGGGCUGACUUGGUCGGCGAUGCCGUGCGUCAGCUCCUCUGGGCUUCGCCUAGUUUGCGACAGCCUCUGGUCGGUUUGGACUGUGCGGAUCCAUCGCGUGUCCGACAAACAGUGGGCCAGAAGCUGAAGGAAGCAAAGCGGGUCUUCAACAAAUUGACAGCUGAAGACCUACUUUCCGCAGCUAUGCUCGAAGCGCCAAGGCUGCCCUCGCGCAUUCACCUGAGCAAGUCUCUGCUCGGAAAGGAUCUGCACGUUGAGCAGGCGCAGAGCUUCCGCUUCGGUCAGCUUGCCAGCCUGGUGGAGCUGGGAGACUCCGACUCGGAAGAGGAGGCGGAGGAGGAGCUCCCCAAGAACGCGAGGAGGUAUGCCUUGCAUAUCAACUUUGGCAACGAGGACGUGGGCUCGUGGAUUCGUGUGGUGCUCGUGGCCCCAAGCCCGGCCCUCCGCGCUGCGAUGGCAUGGCUUGGCAAGCAACAACUUGCCGCACGUGCUGGAGCCCGCAACAUCUCUUUCAAAGCCAAGGAGCUGGUCCAGGCAUCGGACCUGAGCUGGACGCAGACGACAAGGUGCUACGAUACUGUGGCUACAUCCACCUCGAGCCGUGACUCUGCCAACAGCGAGAGCCGUAAAGCCUACGGCGCCGGCCAUGGACCUCGAGAAGCAGAGGUUAGCAUUAGCAUUGCCGAGUUGCCGUUUGUGGGCUGGGGGGGGGGGAGGUCUGGAGGCUCCACGGAUUCAAAGAAAAAAGGUGAAGAGAAGUACAAGCCGGAGGAACCUGCGGCAGAUCCCACGGCCAGCGGGGAUGUUGCGCAGGUUGCAAAACCUCGACACCCACGCUUGAAGAAGGCUGCAACUCGAGCGCGGCUCGAGGAGCGCAGCACUUCACCUCGUCCCCCAGAUGCUGCAGACCACAAGGAGCCCACGGUUCCGGCCACUGAGGUGCGUCCUUGCGACAGCUGUGGUGAGAUGAGAAAAACAACCAACUUUUCCCGUGGAGACGAGUCCCAAUGGCUUUGUGCCGCUUGCCAGCUCACCAACGGAGGUCUGGCCUUCGGCGCAAGACAAAAGCAGAAAAGGCUCAAUGCGACCUCAGCGUUGAAGCCUCAACCUGUGUUUAGACGGCAGAAUAGUGACAAGCAGCUCAGGAGCAAGCUGAGUGUUUUCUCGGAUGAUGACAGCGAACACAGAUCAAACAUUGGAAGGGAGAGAAGGCGUGGCAGAUGUAAGACCAACAAUAACGAUGCCGGUCUAGCGGCGAGCAACAGCCUGGCACCCCCCGAUGCUGACAGCGGCACGCCGCAGAGAAGAGCAAAGCUCAUGCGGGCGAAUACUGCGAACCUCAGCGGUAUUGGCAAGGGGAGCACCGUCAGCAGCGAAGGGAGCCAGGCCAUGGAAGCGAAGGAAGUCUUGACUAGCGUCAAAGAGCCCAAAGCCGGUGAGCAUCGGAAGAAGGCACCUGAGAAGCCUGGGUCGGCAGAGCUUUCCGACGGAGAGGGCGUCAAGGUGCCACCGCUGCCUCAGCGGACGUUGCCUGGCGGCUUCACGGUAGGCGAAAGAGCGGUGACGCUCAUUUCUAGAGAGGCACAGAAUCAGACGCUCAUCAUGGAAUUGGGCCAAGAGGGGAACAUUGUCGGUGCAGUGGAGCGUCGCUUCGGAGGCGAGGUCGACCUCCGCCUGCUAGUCCAGUUUCCUCGUGGAGUCUGUUGGUGGCUCUCGCCGCUCCAGAUCAGUCAGCCUGCUCAAUUUGGCGCAGCGCGCGCUGCGGGAAUAUUUGGAUUCAACUGGGGUAGCCGGGUGAAGUCUCUAGUGACUUUGCUGAACCCGCCCUCCGAGCAGCCACACCAGGAGUUGUGGCUGGGCGAUGAGGGUACGGUAGUCGGCCCAUCCGUGGUCAAAGGUAAGCUCGCUGUCCGCUUUGACAACGGCAUCGGCGAGUGGAGCAUAUGGCCCUGCCUCAUUUGCAAAACGGAGGCCUACGAGGAGACCAUCCAGGAAAAGGUCCAGGGUUUUGCUCGGGGCGACCGCGUCCGAAGCUUGGGCCAAGUCUUCGGCUCUCGCAGCUUUGAUGAGACCAGGCUAGCGGUGGCAGAAGGAGAAGAGGGCACCGUCGUCGGACCUGGUCAUGCUGCUGGCAAGGUCCUGGUGCACUUCGACGCUGACGAUCGAGUCUGGAGUCUGGAUCCGAAACAGCUGGAAUCUACAUCGAGCUGCAUAUAG